CAUGGGAGGAGAGUGGUGUGCAGAGUGGCUUUUGUGCUCUUCCCAUGGUCGAAGCAGCAGCUGGAAGGUGAGUUGAGGGCGGGUGGGAGGAGAGUCCUGGAAGCAGAGAAGCAACUGGGCUGAAGCAUCUCAGCUGCUGCUGCUGCAGGUUCCUCCCCUCCCCGAAUUUAAGCCCACUGGUGCUGCACGCUGUGAAAGUGGUGGCUGCAGUUUUCUUCCCGGUGGGAAGAUUGGAAAAGUCUCUUCCGAGUGAAGGUGGAUUCUUUGGGAAUGGCUUCCCUCCAGAGGUUGUGGGGGCUCCCAUCACUGGAGGGUUUGUGACAGAGCUGGGAGGGAUCUUGCAGAUGUUCUAUUCUGAUUCCCUGAUCAAGCAGGAGACCAAAUAUCAUUUCAGACAAAUGGCACAGUAGAAGCAGAUCUGCACAUGGUCCACAACAUUUGCGGUAAUCCUAGCACUUGUUCCGUGACUGCACUUCAGCAGUGUGUGGUUUUGAAGGUGCAGGAAAGGGAGUUGCAACAAUUCGGGUUCUGCCAAGAGUUCCACAUAUAUGGUGGCCGCAGCAUCCCACACUCAUGAUCCCCAUUUGUGACCUUCCCAGCUAGCUUCUGACAAGCAAAAUCAGUGGGUAUACUGGCAGGAAAUUGCAAGUCACAGUCAUAUGAAGUUGCCUUGAACAACCCACUGUAAUUAGCUUAACAACUACAGAAGAACAGAUAUAAGUUAGCACUUUCAUGUGAUAUGAUGCUUAAUGAUUGAGCUGCUUAGUGACAGAAAUAUGAGUUCCAAUUGCAGUAGUUUAAAUAAGGACUACUUGAGUUGGGUUUCACCAGAGGGGUUGUAGAUAGUAUUUUCUUCUCUUAUUUGCAGCUGAGGACUUCUAUAAGCAAAAGUGGUCUAUACUAUUUUUCUUUUUUCACAUUAUCUCUAACAAUUUUAUAAACAAUUAAAGUUACAUUUUUAUUUGAAUCUUACAGACAAAAAGGAUGGCGAUGAACGCUCUGGACAACUGAAAAUAACAAGCAGCGAAGGGAAGAAAAUCAAGCCAGAAAUCAGAAUAUUUUCCAUUCCUUCAGAAAACCAUACAAUUCUGAUCCUCCUCCAGCAGCUGAUAGCCAAAAGAAGGAAUAAGCAGAUUAUGCAGAACUCAGGGAUACAGUGCAUGAAAAAGUGAAGGGAGAAACCUUAUGAAUAUUCAGAUUGUGGGAAAGGUUUCAUUAAAAAUUCCCAUCUCCUGAGACACAAGACCAUGCACAGAGGAGAGAAAAACUUUGAAUGUCCUGAUUGUGGGAAAAGUUUUAGUCAGAAUUCCCACCUGGUGAGACACCAGAGGACUCACACAGGGGAGAAACCAUUUGAAUGUUCUGACUGUGGGAAACAUUAUAGUCAGAAUUCCCACCUGGUGAUACAUCAGAGGACUCACACAGGAGAGAAACCCUUUGAAUGUCCUAUCUGUGGGAAAUGUUUCAGUGAUAAUUCCAGUCUGGUGAUACACCAGAGAAUACACACAGGAGAAAGGCCCUUUGAAUGCCGUAUUUGUGGGAAAGGUUUCAGUCAGAAUAUCAAUCUGGUGACUCAUCAGAGGACUCACACAGGAGAGAAACCCUUUGAAUGUCCUGAUUGUGGGAAAAGUUUUAGUCAUAAUUCCAGGUUGCUUAGACACCAGAGGUUUCACACAGGAGAAAGGCCCUUUGAAUGUCCUAUCUGUGGGAAAAGCUAUAUCGAUAAUUCCAGCCUAGUGAUACACCAGAGGAUUCACACAGGAGAAAGGCCCUUUGUAUGCUGUAUCUGUGGGAAAGGUUUCAGUCAAAAUUCCCAUCUGGUGCUUCAUCAAAGGAAUCACACAGGAGAGAAACCCUUUGAAUGUCCUGAUUGUGGGAAUUGUUUCAGUGACAAUUCCAACUUAGUUAGACACCAGAGGACUCACGUAAGAGAGAAACCAUUUGAAUGUCUUUAUUGUGGGAAAAGUUUCAGUCAACAUUCCUACCUAGUGAUACACCAGAGGACUCACACCGGAGAGAAACCCUUUGAAUGUCCUGACUGUGGGAAAGGUUUUAAUCGAAAUUCCCAUCUGGUGAGACACCAGAGGACUCACACAGGAGAGAAACCCUUUGAAUGUCCUAUCUGUGGGAAAAGCUUUAACCACAAUUCCAGUCUGGUGAUACACCAGAGGAUUCACACAGGAGAAAGGCCCUUUGAAUGCUGUAUCUGUGGGAAAGGUUUCUGUCAGAAUUCAAGCCUGGUGACUCAUCAGAGGAUUCACACAGGAGAGAAACCCUUUGAAUGUCCUAACUGUGGGAAAGGUUUUAGUGAUAGUUCCAGCCUGGUGAGACACCAGAGAACUCACACAGGAGAGAAACCCUUUGAAUGUCCUAAAUGUGGGAAAUGUUUUAGUGAUAGUUCCCAUCUGGUGACACACCAGAAGACUCACACAGGAGAGAAACCCUUUGAAUGUCCUGAUUGUGGGAAAGGUUUCAUUAAGAAUUCCAAUCUGGUUACCCACCAGAGGACUCACACAGGAGAGAAACCCUUUGAAUGUCCUAUCUGUGGGAAACGUUUUAGUGCUAAUUCCAGCCUGGUGACUCAUCAGAGAAUUCACACAGUAGAAAAACCCUUUGAAUGACCUGACUGUGGGAAAAGUUUCAUUAAGAAUUCCAGCCUGGUAAGACACCAGAGGAUUCAUAUAGGAGAGAAACAUUUUGAAGAAGUCUCACCAUGGAGAAAUCUUUUAAAUGUCUGGUCUUUGGACAUUGCUUCAAGCAUAGAUCAUCCCUUAUUGCACACAAGGCAAAAGAAUGCCAAAGAGAACAUUCUGGAGAACUGAAUCACAAGCAGCAUUAAAAUGAAAAGGAAACCAAGGCAGCAAUCAAAAUCUUGUUAUUUCUUCUGGAAAUCCCCAAAACUUUUCUUCCCCGGCAGCUUACAGAUAAGGAAGACAAAACCAGGAAAAGAGUUUUGAGCUGGACAAAAUGUAGACUAUCUGGAAGAAACAGAUCCACCCUGGAGAAAAGCCAUAUCAGUGUCCAAAUGCAGCAAAAGCUUUAGUCAGAACAGCUUCCCUGUUGCUCAUGGAAAGGUUCACACCGGAGAAGAGCCCUACCCAGCUGUCCCAAUGUGGCAGAAGCCGCAAACAGUCCAAACUGAUAAUGAAUACUCCAGAGGACUCACACAAGAGAGAGACCAUAUGAAUGUCCAGAUUGUAAGAAAAAUAUCAGUCGAAAUUCUAGUUUUUGGCAACACACCAGAGGAUUCACCCAGAAAAAAUACCCUUUGAAUGUCCUGACUGGGAAAAAUUUCAGUCAUAAUUUUGAAUACACCAGAGGAUUCACAGAGGAGUGAAGCUUUUUGAAUGUCCUGACUGUGGGAAAAGGAAUGGUAUUUGGGAGUGGUUGAUACAGUAAGUCUUCGGGCUUCUGUCUGGAGGAAGGGAGAAUUAUCAAGAAUGUUUAUACUAUCUGUCUUAUUGGAGUAUCUGCACACCCACACUAUUCAAAGACACACAGAGGCUGUCCCCUUCACCUACCUCCACAUAAAGCAGGGUCCUCAAACUUUUUAAACGGAGUCAAUUCACGGUCCCUCAAACGUUUGGAAGGAUGGACCAGCUGAGUGGGGCAUGGCUAAGUCGUCAUGUGACUGGGUGGGCGUGGUCCAUUAAACAAUACAUAGCA